AUGCUAGGUAACGCGGCGCAGAUAUCACACCUUCUUGGCCUUGGUACUGAAAGACCCGGCGCGGAGGACUCGCUCGAGUCAGAAGUGCGCCGCCGCCGUUUCUGGGCUUGCUACCUCAUGCACUGUCACGCCAUCGAAUUGGGCUUCUUGGUCCGGACGGGAGACAACAUAUUGAGGCUGACCAUGCCGUGGAAAGAGGAGGACUAUGAAGCCGGGUUGCCCACUUGUCCCAGGGUUUGCUUGAAGUCCGGCGGCAGGACUGGCAGCCUCUACGGCGAAUUGGUCAAUGCUCUGACAUUCUGGUCCGAGGUCAAUGCUCUGAUAAAAUCCCCCGAGUCCAGCACUAGCGAAAGACUGAGCGCCAUCUACGUCCUGGACGAACGAGUGUCCAACUGGUGGACCACCCUACCAGAGUCACUUCAGCUCAUGCCGGCCAAGGUCCAAGUGGUGGCGCAGGACAUGCUUCCUAAACUGUUACUCAUCCACAUUCUAUAUCGCCAAUGUCUUUGUGCGCUUCACGCCUCAAUUGUACCUUUGUUCUGCUUGAGUCCCGCGGACCACACCUGGAUCUCAGCAAGGCAGACAUCCGCCCAGCUGGCUUACGAACAUGCUUGCGCCGCGUCGGAGCUCAUCAACGCAGUUCUAUCCAGUGCGCACAGACUGACAGCCAUACCGUCCUUCGUCGCCUACGCUGCGUACUGCGGGUGCGCGAUUCAGAUCCCUUGGAUUUGGUCUAGCCAGCCCGUGCUGAGACAGAGAGCGCAGAGAAACGUAAGGGCCAACGUCAAGCUGAUCCAAGUAUUGGGGAAGUACUGGAGAUUUACAGCUCUAUUGGAGAGUCACGUCCGCUGCAUUUACAAGAUCCACGCGAAGCACCUGACCAUCCUCGACAAUGAGCCAAAGCUCGUUGACCCGACAAAGCUCACGAGCUUCAAAACCAACGCAAGACAUGCGAGGCGAUCCAUCCUCGGACACAAUGACAUCUUAUGGAGAAACGGCGACGUGUUGCCAAGGUCCGGCGAGGAACUCGGCGACCUUGGAAUCGAAGAAGAUGAAGGUGAUCACCGAUCUCUUAGAAGAUCGUCAUCUACGCGGCCUUCGGAGCAAAGCAAGCACCGAGCUGUCUGGAAAUCUCCCGCCGGAAUCACUCAAUCCUCGUCUCAGCGGACCGAGUCGUUCACUACGCAAGGUACGGACCAUGUUUCAGACCAUCCUGCGAUGCGUCGGCAGCAACCAAUUGAGGUGGACCUGUUGGAACUCGAGUCACUGGAUUUCUUCCGCCCUUUCCACGAUCCGGAAAUGCUGGACAUCUUCCCACAUGGCCAGCCCAUGGAGUUCUCCUGCUUCCAAUCUAACCCUGCAGGUCUUGACCAGUGUGACUUAUGGUCUGGCCUCGGAAACAGUGAGCUGGCAAUGCCGUAUUCGUCCAUGGCGCCGCUUGCGAUGUCAACGUAG